CGAAAUCCGAUUCCUCCAAUGAUUGUGUUUUUUUUUCCCUGCCGGUAUUAAUUUCUAAAUGGCUGUCGAGGACUCGAGGUCGAUCUUUUGCUUGCUUUUCCUUGCUGGUUGAUGACUUGAUUUUGGUGCUUUACUGCUGGGCCGAUGUAUGUUUGUGUAGAAGAGUUGGAUUUCAUGCCUGCAUUUGAGUGCUUGGACUAGUUAUGGCGACAAGAAGGCUAUAGCCAUUCUAGUCGAGCUGCGACUUGUCUUUUAAUGGUGUCUAUAUUAGUUUUGGGGGAGUCGAGAUGGAUCUGUUAUUCCCGGCGAACCGAAUCAGAGUGGUGCUUGUUCGAAAGCGAACCCUCUUAUGCCAGGAAUGAGUAAAUAUCACCAAAAUUGCGUCUCAAAUAGUCUCUAAAAAGAAAGUUUUUGGAGUUGAGUUAUCCGCUUGUAGAGACUAGAGUUUGGAUGUUUGAUUGUUUUGUUUAUCGAUAAGGCAGUACCUGAGGAGGUGGUUGUUUGUCCAUUGUUCUUGGUUGAUUAUUUUGAAUAAUUACAUCAGCAAAACAAGUCUGCACAUGUACGGAUUGAUAAUGCGUAUGAAAAGUCAACUAGAUUGAAGGCAUAAUUGGGGUUGACCGAAUGCAUUCUUUGUGUCUCAUUCCUUCAGCCCUGUUGUUUUGGUAAAUUAUAGUCUCGCCACUCUUAAUAGUUUUACAUGGCUAAUUUUUCUUCAACAAAAUGAGGUUUAUGUUAGAUGUUAAUUAUCCUUUUGGAGUUAUUUGAUACUAGUCAAAUUGCCCUUUGUGAAUUGCACUUUCUUUCCUGAUCAUUAGAAGAUUAUGAGCUAGUAAUGUAUCAGUUCUGCCCUAAGUUUCUUUGAACACAUGUUUUGAAUACAGAGAAAUAGGUGUGAGAUCAAUUUUGGUUUCAUUGUUAGUUCCCCCCUUUUCAAUCUUUGAAACUGACCAGAGGACCAGACCUGAAUCUAGUAGUUGAUUAAAUUUGCUUCUCUGUAUCUCAGGAGCCCAAUAACUUAGAUUUAUUGAUAUGUCUACUUUGACUUACUGAGUUGGUUAAUUGGUGGAGAAAGGAGCAAAUUUGUGGAUAACUUUUAACCUGAUCAGCACACCAUGUAUCUUUUUUUUUUGAAGGACAAACAAGAUUCUAUUAGAAAAGGUAGCAAGGUGUACCGCCCCUAUGAAAAAAGACUUAAGAGGAGGAGCCAUCCAUAUACCAAAUUAAGAACAAAAAACUGUUUCUAUCAUUUUUGACAAGCUCACAGUAUGAGAUUUUGCUUUCUGAAUGUACCAAAUUUGAAGAGUGUAUCGCCCAUUUCUUUUUGAAAGAAUCCCAAGAGUAUUUAUUUCCUUAGAAUGUAUUUUUUUUCCCUUUCAAAAUCUAUGUUUAACAACUUGCAUCUAUUAUCUCUAUUUCUUAACGUUUUUUGCAUGAAAACAUUGUCUCUUUUGUGUUGAAAAAAAUAAUGGAUUAUCUGACUUUCUGGUCAUUAAAUUGUCUGAAGCUGAAAAGUUGCUAUCCUUUUCUGUUGGCUUGUACAUCUAGAUAUGUGAAUUCUAUAUUGUGGGUCAUUGUGAGUUGCUUAUAAUUGAAAAAAAAAAAAAUGCACCAAAUUGAUAUCUCUCAUUCAGUAGUGGACAAAUUAUGAAGCAUGAAUUAUUAUGCAUGGUGAUUAUGCCUAUCUUUUGUAUCUUCUCCCCUUGCGUAAUUCGGGAAAUCAAGUUUAUACAUGGUGCGUUCUUUUUUGUUUCUAUUUCACACAUAUGAAAUGCUGUAUUGUUCAAUAUUAAUGAAACAAAUUGAAUUCUUAUAAUGCACAAUUAGUUAUGAUCAUUUGUAUGACUAGAAAAGAAUAUAUUUAAGGCCAUAAAACAUCUUAAGACAUAAGGAGUAAAAAUACACACCGUGAAAACUGAAAUAAUUUUGUUCGAUACAAUAAAGUUCAACAGAAAUAAUUUUCUUUAACAAAAAAAAGGGAAGAGAUUUGCCUCUAUGUAUUCAUUUGACUUUUCUGUCCGCAUAACUUUAAGCUCUUUUAUAGAUUCGAUUUGUUUUGAGACGGUUUUAAAUAAUUGAAUGAGUUAAUUUGACAGUGGGGAGAAGCUAUCAUCAUUAGAUAAAGACUAGAAUUUGGUUAUAAAUCUGCAUGGAGGAUUUUCCAUAUUGCUUUUGAUUAGGGUUUACCUAAGGUAUAGCAUUGGUUUGGGCAUAAAAGCCAAGCAAUGCUCAUGGCAGAGACUUCUAGAAGUAUUUUGAAAUAUUUUUCAAUAAGAAUAAUUUAGUGCGCUUGGGAUUCUUCUUUUAAUUUGAUUGUGUAUGCAUAUCAUUGGAUAGCAAUUCUUUAAAGCUUAUUAUGGCAUUGCAUCAAUUUAUGCUGUCAUGAAUGAGCUAUUGAUUGUGCCCUUUCUUUUUUAACAUAGUGGUCAAUUUUUAUACAAUAUUAGCUGUAAUUCUUAUCUCUGGUCAAAAUAGGGUUUGAGGAGGCUAAAUUUGAUGAUAGCAUUGCCUUCGCUGUUAAAAGGAAAUAAUCUAGUCAAUGGAAACCAACUUACAUAAGGCAUAAAUAUUUAAUGGUGAUCAUAUCUAUUCAAAAAUCUAGUCCCUAAUCAUUCAUCAAUUAAAGUAUAACUAUCUGUACUCCUUGUCAUGUAGAUGAAUCUUAGGUCGUCGUCCUCCCUCCCUAGAUAAGUGCGCUAAGUAAAGCUCUUUCAAACAUUAAUACCUUACUAUUCCUUUUACCACCGACCCCCCAAAUGGAAAAUGCUUUGCAAUACUCUAGAUAUGGCCUUAAAUCCUGGCAUUUCGUAGCAAUGAAAUUCUUUCCUUUAAAGUGCAAAAAAUGUAGAUCUCAUGGUCAAAUAUCGAAAGAAUUUGAAUUACCAUGAGAAGGGAAAUUAAUUAAGUUGCUUGAAAUUGGAGAAUCUCACUUGAACUUUUGCGCCCCCCACUCUAUAAUUGUACUUGUGCACCUUGGAUUUCAAAGCACGAGAAUAAAGAGAAUUCAACAAACCACUGACCAUGGCAAGAAGGAAGGUUAAGCUUGCUUUCAUAGAAAAUGAUACUUCUAGGAAAGCUAGCCUCAAGAAAAGGAGGCAAGGGCUGAUGAAAAAAGUGAGCGAGUUGAGCACUUUGUGUGGUGUGAGCACAUGUGCCAUUGUCUAUUCUCCAGACAGCAAUGAGCCUGUCUUUUGGCCAUCUAGACCAGAGGUGGAGCAACUCCUUGAGCGGUACCAAGGCUUCUCCGAACUGGUGAGAAGCCGAAAGAUGCUGAACCAUGAAAGCUACCUCAAGGAGCAGAUCAACAAGUUAAUCGGGCAGAAGAACAAGCUUGUGGUGAAAAACAAGGGGUUAGAAAACACCUACCUCAUGCAACAACUUUGUUUGUAUGAUGAUGCACCGCGAUCUGGAAGUGCUCCAUCAGCAAUCGAUGGUCCAGUUGUUGAGGAGGAAAUCAUCCUAGAGGCUAAAGGAGGAGGCAUUGGCAACGCCAAUGAAGACAAUACAGGUGAUGCAUCUUCUUCAUUGGAUCAAUGGUUCAUAGAUGUGAUGAAGACUGGAAACACAGGUAGUGGCAGUGGUAGCAAAAAGGACAAAUUAUAUCCUUUGGCAUGUUUGACAGGUAGUGCCAGUACAUAUAAUCAAGCCAUUGCCUUAAAUUUUAUAAAAGAGAAUGAUGGCGUCGGAAGUGGCAAUUGGGCCAAUAGGAUAGGUCCUGUUAAUGGAGAUGCUGGAGGCAGUAGGGGGAAUAAUAUUGUGUUGUCUCAAGGGCCUAGUGGAGUCAUUCUGGGGAGAGGUGAUUUGGUGACUUAUGGGCAUGUUGGAGGUAGUGCGAGCAAUAAUGCUGCAACACCAUAUCAAGGGUAUGCAGGAGACAUGAGCAAUGGAUCUGGAAUAAUAUGCCCUAAUGGAGAUGCUGGAGGCUGUGGCAGCGAUGGUGCAACUGGAUAUGGAGUGAGGCUGUUUAACCAGUGGGACGCUGGAGGUAGCAGUGGUGGAAAUAGUGAGGUGUUUCCUCCAGGAGGUAUGUAUGGAGUCCAUAACAACACUGGUUAUGGCAUGAGGCAAGACACAGAGAAUCCUGGAGCCAUGACUAAUGGUCAUGGGGUGGUGCUUCCUCUUAUCAAUAAUGAUCAUGGUGGUGGUAAUGGUGGUUGGGGGAUAGGAGUGAAUCACAGGAAUGCUGGAGUCAUCGCCAAUGGACAUGAAAUGUCGUUGACUUACGGAGAUCUUAUUGUUAGCAACGGAUAUGGUAUUGUUGUUCCUCCUUUGGUAGUGCCCACUAUUGCAAAUGCUGGCAGUGGCAAUGUCGAAUGGGAGAAGGGCUUGUAUCAAGGAAAUUUUGCUGCCAUCGACAAUGGAAACAACAAAGCAAUUGAUAAUGGGCCUUUUGAAGGAGGCAAUGGUGGAUAUAGGGCAAUGGUGCCCCUGGGAAAUUUGGUAGGCAAUAUCGGUGGAAAUGAGGUGUGGAUGUUGCAUGACAAUGCUGUAGUCAAUGCUAAUGGGAGUGGUGGAAACAAUGCCAACAUGAAGUAACAUCCUGAGAGCAAGUGGCCCAACUUUUAGUGAAUUAUCGCAUUUUUUUUGUUUCAAUAAUUGAGGGGAAUCCUGAAUUGGACUCACGCAGCGUGAAUUUUACGCAUCUUAGUUGAUGUUUAUCCAUAUCACUGCACAACUUUGAUGAAUUCAAUUCUUGUGAACGUUGUGUCUAGGUUAGAAUAUUACCUACCCUAAGGUUUCGAGUAUUUUCCCUCAAUUUCCUUUAUUGGUAUAUUGUUUCUGCUUUCUUAAUAUUAGCGUGGCUGGUAUAUGAUAAUAGAAUCAUUUUCUAUAUUUAUUAUUGUACCAUGAACCUUGCCAGUGUCAUUUAGCAUAAUCUGUUCAUCUUUGGGAUAUCCGGUAAUGUGAAAAAUCGUCACGAACAGUCCUGAAAUCAUCGAACAUAUAUUCAUCGAUCCAUCCAAAAUUAGUGAAGUGCAAUAAUCCAUGUAGCUGCGUAUUAUUUGAUCUAUUGCUCUUAUUGAUAGGUUGAGAAACAAAAUUCAUAGCAAUUCAUUACCUUACCUUUAUGUGAAUUUGUAAUAUACCGAGAAAGAAUAAAUCUGCCUCCCAUUGGCCUAAAAAGAAGAAGAAGAAGAAGAAGAAGAAGAAGAAGAAGAAACGAAAUAAAGAGUAAAUGCACCUUCCAUUUAUAAUAUAUCAUAUUGCAUGAAUAAGAUGCGAAGAUAAUUUGAAGCAAAAGCAUGAUAAAAUGGGAUGAAGGUGCGUGAAUUGGGACUUUGCGGUAGUUCUCAAAUUUAGAUUCAUUUAUUUAAUGAGUAUUGCUUUGAAGCACUGACUAGCACCCGUGUUUUCUGACCAUUUGGUUUAUAGGCCUGCAAUUCUUUUUCUGGAUAUAGUGUUAUAUGGAUGAAAUGCUAAUGAAGUGGGUCUACAAGUUGAUUGUCUCUAAGAACAUGAAGAUUCUAUGGAAUCUAGAAUGGAAAAUCUCAUAAACCACUUCCCCCUUUAUUAACAAGCGAUCAUGCCUGGGGCAUCCUACAUGCUGUGGAACUUUGUUCCUUUGGAAUUGGACAUCUUGGGGAAACACGUUGGAAGGUCAAAUUGUUAUAUAGCUCUCGUGGCUUUGUUUUUAGACAUUUCCUCUUUUGAUGCAGAGUUAGACAGACAUCACUGCCCUUUCCCUCUGUUUUUUCCACCAAAACACCGACACAUGCAAGUGAGGAGACUGUUGUAUGUUCAGAUCAUGCAGAAAUGAAAUGUUAUGGACCAUGAUGCAGAAUGAGAAUGCUUGGUAUUUUGUAGUGUGCUAGGGACAAUAGUUAUUUGUGGCAAGUAUAGGAUCUGUUUACUUUUCAGCUAUAGAUCUGGUGCGUCUUUGAAAUGCUGCAAAUUUGGUACUGUUCCAAUUGUAAGUAGAGGCUAUAGCUGGUAAUAUCAAGGAGAGUAUGGAGCUUCCGUGGAAAAAUUGCUAGGAUGUCUAGGGGUUCAUUGGCUGAUCAAUCUCAAUUCUCACAUUUGAUCACUGGGGGAUAAUGUGAGUGUUAAGAUGCAUUUUGCUUCUUUUGGUUGGCUUGAGCUAAAAUCCAGCGAUUGGCCAAGCAUAUGGAUCAUUUUAUCGAUGAAUUUAGUAGAAAUAUCUUUUUAGGAGGACCCAAUGACCAUAGAUCAAACCUAUCCAGUUUUUUACAGUGUGAUGGUUAGCUGUUCAUGGACUUGCUAUACCUAACGUUUUCUUUUUAGGGUCAAUGUCAGCAUUGCAGUUCAUCCAGCAAUAAACCUAUGCUGUAUUUCCUAUAUUGGAUUUCAUAUUUAAAUAACCCUUUUACUCAUAAGAGUAGGUAAGAGUAGGUUUUUAAGCUCCGGGCCUAGCAAAAGAAAAAUUGGGAUAGGAUCCUAUGGGAUCUCCCCCCUUCAAAAUCAGAUGUGAAAGUUUCCUUUCAUCCAGCUCAAGUGGUUACACCAAAUAAAAAAGGGGUUUUCACUUUCAAAUUCUCAGAAAACCUCAUGAACCUAGACAUUGCUCUCGAGAGGCAAUCCUGGUAUUGCGUUGAACAGGCUCCAAUCUUCCACUUUUUCUUCCUAUAUAUAUGUUUCAACUUUGAUGUAGUUGUUGCUCUUUGCUAUUAGGAAGUAGUCAACAGAUCUUUGCUUAGAAAAGUUUAAGGUAUCCCUUUCUGAUCUUUGGGAAACUUUGAAAAAUUUUGGAUACAAAGUUGUUGAUUUGUAGGUAUUGCCCACCAAUAGUUUGGAUAGGGAAAUGGCAAGUAUUUACUUAGAGAUUCAUGAAGUUGAAGCUUUUAAGAGUCUCUCUGUUCAGUAGCUUGAUAGGAAUAUGUGAUUCAAUAUGAUGAAGGUGUUCACUUGAUGAGCUUUGAGUGGUAAUGUUAGUUCUUUGUGAGUUAUAGCAGCAUGGACACUGGACUAUAACUAAUGGUCAUUGAUGAACCUCGGAAAGUGAUCUAGCUUUGAAAUAAGUGUGUAUUGGCCAUAAACAUGCCAAUGAAGGAACAAGAAAAUGUAUUCUCUUAGCUCAUCAGUCAGAAAUUCUUGUCUUGUUGGUAUGAAUCAGUCUUCUCAUUCUCCUAGGGUCCAUGGUUAACCACAUACUCCUCGAUUCAUUGCUUUCCUUGUAGAAAUUGGUCACUCCAUUAAUUUUUGGUGGUAUUUGAUCAGUUUCUUGAUUGACUCAGCUAACGACAAUAUUC